AAAACUAAACCGAUCUAAAGUGAAGCAUUGUUACAGAAAAUCCAUGGCGGAGAAUAGGAGUUUGACAAUCGAUCCGAGAAGUGGCUUCUGCCGUUCCAAUUCUACCUUCUACAGCAAGCGCAACCCCAUUCCUCUCCCCAAGAACGAUUCUCUCGAUGUCACCACCUUCAUUUCUGCUCGAGCCCACCACGGUCAUAUUGCCUUCAUCGACGCCGCCACCGGCCGCCACCUCACCUUCUCCGAGCUUUGGAGGGCUGUUGAUUCCGUUGCCACUUGUCUUUCUGAUAUGGGGAUCCGGAAAGGCUACGUCGUCUUACUCCUUUCACCCAACUCCAUCUUCUUCCCCAUUGUUUGCCUUUCUGUUAUGUCCCUCGGCGCUAUCAUAACCACUACGAACCCUCUCAACACGGCCGGUGAGAUCGGGAAACAAAUUGCAGAUUCAAAGCCGGUUCUCGCCUUUACUAUCACUCCACUGCUCCCUAAAUUAGCCGGCUCCACCAUUCCAAUCGUGCUUCUAGAUGAUCAAGUGAACAGCAACACUACGGGAGCGAAGAUCGUGACGAGUUUACAUCAGAUGAUGAAGACGGAACCAAGUGGGAGUCGAGUCAGGGACCGAGUCAACCAAGACGACACGGCUACUCUGCUUUAUUCUUCUGGUACAACCGGUGCCAGCAAGGGGGUGGUUUCAUCUCAUCGAAACCUGAUAGCGAUGGUACAAACGGUGAUAAACCGGUUCAGCCUAGAGGUAGGAGAAAGAUUCAUCUGCACGGUUCCCAUGUUUCACAUCUACGGCUUAGUAGCCUUCGCCACCGGGCUGCUGGCGUCUGGAUCGACGGUCAUCGUUUUAUCGAAGUUCGAGAUGCACGACAUGCUGUCAACGAUCGAGAAGUAUCGUGCCACCUACCUCCCUCUGGUGCCGCCGAUUCUGGUGGCGAUGGUGAACGCCGCCGAUCAGAUACGUAAAAAGUACGAUCUGAGCUCGUUGCAUUCGGCUUUGUCGGGUGGGGCUCCGCUGAGUAAAGAAGUAAUCGAAGGGUUCCUGGAGAAGUAUCCUAAUGUUAAGAUUCUUCAGGGAUACGGGUUGACAGAAUCGGCUGGGAUCGGUGCGUCGACGGACUCGUUGGAGGAAAGCCGGAGGUAUGGUACGGCGGGAAUGUUGUCGCCGAGCAUGGAGGCUAAGGUUGUGGAUCCGGAGAGUGGUAAGGCUUUAACGGUGAAUCAGACGGGUGAGCUUUGUCUUAAGGGCCCCUCCGUUAUGAAAGGUUAUUUCAGUAAUCCAGAAGCAACGACAUCGACUCUUGAUUCACAUGGAUGGCUGAGGACAGGAGAUUUAUGCUAUAUCGAUGAUGAUGGCUUCAUUUUCAUAGUUGAUAGGUUGAAGGAGCUGAUCAAAUACAAGGGAUAUCAGGUUCCUCCUGCAGAGCUCGAGGCAUUGCUCCUUACCCACCCUGAAAUUUUAGAUGCUGCUGUUAUUCCGUUUCCAGAUAAUGAGGUGGGGCAGUUUCCGAUGGCAUAUGUGGUGAGAAAACCCGGAAGCAAUAUAUCGGAGACCCAAGUGAUGGAGUUCGUGGGUAAACAGAAUCCGGAAAGUGGCAUUCGUCGACUCCAUACCCAAGAACCCAUCAGGCAAGAUUCUUAGGAAGGAUCUAAUCAAGUUGGCCACCUCCAAACUUUGAACCCUUUGCUUCUCUUCUCAUCACUGCUAUGCCUAUACAUCUCAUGCUUCUCUCUGUUUGCUCCAAUUCUUUCCCCCUAAAUAUGUAUGCUGUACUAGAACAUCUUUGUGUUUAAAGUCGCACCUACUAUUUAUGUGAACAAAAAACUAAUUUUUAUAUCAAAUAAUAUUCAAAGACUUUAUU